AUGGCCGGAAAUAUGCUUGCUCCUCCUGCCCCUCAUGGCCCGGCGAGGUCGCGGUCUGCAAGCAAGACGGACACAAUCAUCUCGACAACCUCCAACCCAUUCCUGACGCCAACAGUGACCAGUUGUGCCUCCUCGUCUCAUGAGGACUCUGAGGAGGCUCUCAAGCCUGAUCCUGGGACUGAGAGUGACUUCAAGGUUGAUAACAACCCUUUUGCCUUCUCGCCUGGUCAGCUGAAUAAGCUGCUGAACCCCAAAUCCCUGGCUGCGUUCCGCGCUUUGGGGGGCUUGAACGGUAUUUCCUACGGACUUCAGUCUGAUAUCAACACCGGCUUGAGUGUCGACGAGACUGAAGCACCCGGAAUGGUCUCUUUUCAGGACGCUGUCAGUCCAAUCUCACCGCAGUAUUCCAAAGCUCAGUGGCCAUCGACUACUGCAGCGACCAGGAACGCCUUCGAAGAUCGUAUCCGCGUAUACAAACGCAAUGUUCUGCCAGCGAAGAAGGCCACCCCCCUCUGGAAGUUGAUGUGGAAAGCCUACAACGACCAGGUCCUCAUUCUCCUCACGGUAGCUGCUGUCAUAUCUCUGGCCUUAGGAAUUUACGAGACUCUCGGGGUUGAGCAUCCCCCUGGAUCUCCCACCCCAGUAGACUGGGUUGAAGGUGUGGCAAUUUGCGCCGCUAUCGCUAUUGUUACUCUCGUGGGCUCCAUCAACGACUGGCAGAAGGAGCGCGCCUUCGUUCGUCUGAGUGCGAAGAAAGAUGAACGGGAAGUCAAAGUCACUCGUUCUGGAAAGCAAGCCUUGAUCAGUGCAUACGAUGUGCUUGUAGGCGACGUUCUUCACCUGGAGCCGGGCGACUUGGUGCCUGUUGAUGGAGUUUAUAUCGAUGGUCAUGAACUCAGGUGCGACGAAUCGUCUGCUACGGGCGAGUCUGAUGCGAUCAAGAAGACCGGUGGCAGUAUUGUCAUGAGGGCUCUAGAGAACGGAGAGAGUAUCAGGAACUUGGAUCCGUUCAUUGUCUCGGGGGCCAAGGAGUCGGAACCUUCAUGUGCACCUCCGUCGGGGGUCAACAGCAGUUUCGGCAAGAUCAUGAUGUCUGUCCGCACUGAGACCGAGCCGACACCUCUCCAGAAAAAGCUCGAAGGCCUUGCGAUGGCAAUUGCAAAACUAGGAAGCGCCGCAGCAGGAUUGCUUUUCUUUGUGCUGUUAUUCCGCUUUCUGGCUGGCCUUCCCAAUGACUCUCGCCCUUCUACCGAUAAGGCAUCUUCCUUCAUGGACAUUCUCAUCGUCGCUGUCACCAUCAUUGUGGUUGCUGUCCCCGAGGGACUCCCUCUUGCAGUGACUUUGGCACUCGCAUUCGCCACAACAAGAAUGCUGAAGGAGAACAAUUUGACGACAAACAAGAUGACUGUUGUUGCUGGGAGAUUCGACGACACUAGCUUCUCGGCAUCGGAGAGCUUGGGCACUUCAUCUCCGUCCAUUCCCACCUGGGCCUCCAAUACUUCGCCGGCUUUCAAAGAGGUGCUCAUACAGUCAGUUUCUAUUAACUCGACUGCAUUUGAGGGUGAAGAAGAAGGGAACUCAGUUUUUAUUGGAUCCAAGACUGAGACUGCACUUCUACAACUAGCCAAGGAUCAUCUGGGGCUCCAGUCUCUCGCCGAAAUUCGGGCAAAUGAGCAGGUGAUUCACCUGAUGCCUUUCGACUCAAGCAAAAAGUGUAUGGGAGCGGUAAUCCGCCUUCGGUCGGGCACAUAUCGACUUUUGGUCAAGGGUGCCUCCGAGAUCCUCCUUGAGUAUUGCUCCACUAAGGCGAACUUCACCACUUUAGAUGCGGAGAUCUUAACAGCCAUGGAUCGCGUUUCAUUCACGGACACAAUGGACGAGUAUGCCAAUCGCUCACUGCGCACCAUCGGGCUCGUCUAUAAGGACUACCAGGAAUGGCCGCCGUCUGACGCCACUAACGACGCUACAUGCUGCACCGACCUCGGCGGACUUCUGCAAACAAGGGAUCUCGUCUUUCUCGGCGUCGUUGGCAUUCAAGAUCCCGUCCGCCCCGGCGUUCCAGAGGCAGUUCGCAAGGCCCAACAUGCAGGUGUUAAUGUUAGAAUGGUUACUGGAGACAACGCAGUCACUGCAAAGGCAAUUGCUUCGGAAUGCGGCAUUUAA